GCCUCUUGCUGGCAGCCAUAUUGGAUUCUUUACAGAUCGCCGAUAAUUGUGUCAUUACGGUCGUUUAAAGACCAUUCGAGGAAGAAUAUUCGUAUAGCCAGCAAUUUUUCAGGGGAUAAAUGGGACGACAGUCGAAGACCUCUGUACAGAAAAAGCAGAAAAUGCAGUAAGCCGAAUUCUCUACCAAGGACGCUGUGAUUCAAGUAGAACUUUUCACGCAUUAAUCUUCACAUAUAGCUUUGAAAAGAAAAGGAGAGUUAUAAGAGCAAAACAAAUUGUUAUCACUGGACAUUGAAGCCAAAAAGGCUUGGCUGGAUGAAUAUGGGACAAAUACAAACUUCUGUUGCUCAGAAAGAUACAGUAGAAGAAGAACUACAAAGCCUUCAAAUGAGUGUGGAAGAAAAGGAAGAUCAAGUAAAGCAGCAAGAGGAAAAAGUUACACAACUAAAUGAGCAGUAUCACAAAUUUAAAUCUUUGCUUGAACGAAAAGGCUUUUCAGUAGCUAGGAGAAAAAAUGCCAGUACAUCUUAUGAUGUGAUUACUAAUGUCAGUUCCAGCACCAAGUUCAGACGAAGACAGGAGACGAAAAAUGUUUUAGAAUUCAUUCACAGGGGAAAAGAAGGGUCAAUAUAUGGGGCUUGGAAUGAUAUUUCAUCUGCUGCUGACAAUCAAACCAUGGACAAACUAAUUUGUGGACAUAAACGAGGGAAAUAUCUCCGGGAUCUGUUUGACAUGACAAUGAAAGGGUAUCAAAAUUCAGACGAGGCUUUGAAACAAGCUGUCUUUAUGUAGUACCAGAACUUUCUGUCUUGCAGAAAGUAUGCCCUUGUCUGCAAAACUCAGUCCUCAAUUUCUGAUUCAAACUCUGAUCUAUGGGUUCCCCAUAACAGAAAAUGUUUAGGUUUAGAAUUAAGGAUGCCAAAUAUAGCAAUAUCUGACAAACAGGUGGAGAAUUUUGAGAUAAGUCUUGACAUUGGUCAUGUUCAUCAAAUCCCCAAUGCACCGGGUGUCUCCAGAACAAUACCUGAGUUGUUUUCAUGAUAAUUUAUCUGCACCUUAUGUGUAAGCUUAUUUGGUUUAAUGACAAAAGAAAUCAUUUCAUUUUGCAAUUUUCUGACGGUGGGGCCCCUGAGUCAAGUCAGCUAAUCAUGUCAAUAAAAUGGCAGCCUAAUGACAUGGAAUUUUGGAGACAGGGUGAGAAGCAGGGAUUUCCAGUACAUUUUACAUUAUGUCAGUCUGGGGGGGAAAUAUGAAGUACUGCAAAGCAUCUGGAAGCAACACAUUGAUGAAAUGGAAAUGUUA